GAACUCUUUUAACCAAUGCAGGCAAGUGUAACUUUUUGAACACAUUCGUCUCAUUCUGAUGUGCAAGUCAUUUUGAUGCCGGUGCCAUGGAACUCAAUAAGAAUAUCACAACAUCAAAGUACAAUACGGGAGGAAUUGAGUAAUUGGAGUCUUCGAGUCGCCACUUUAAGCUGUAACAAACAUUCCAAGAUACUUGUUAUGAAGAACCCGGAGCCAAAAUAACAUGGGCUGUUCGGCCAGCAAAAGAGCUACCAAUGGCUCAAACAACAACACACCCGUGAAUGCGAAGAAAAUUCAAGUUGUGGAUAAUAAAGAUGAAUCACAAAAUCCCCCAGUAAAAGAAAGCAGCAAAGAUACACAGAAAGAGGAAAAAGAGAGUAGCUCAAAUGUUGCCAAUAUUGAAUCUGAUAAAGUUGCUCAGUCAGAUUUAAGGACAGGGAAUUCUGUAGCUUCAUCAACUGUUUCAUUUACCAAGAGGGAGGAAACCACUGAUGCUGCAGAACGAGAUGCUUCUUCCCUGCAUGAAGCUUUAGAAAGCUCAGGCAGUUUCAAAGUUACAGAAGCAAUUAAAAUUCUAGCACCAGUAGACUAUGAGUAUAGACAGUCUGUCAGAACUAAAUUUGAAGAGAAAUUCAAUGAGAAUCUGGUGGAAAAAAUUGUCGUGAAUGAAGAGCGAACCCUUGAGACUGCUUUACGAAAUCUCGUCCGAAGUAAAAGUGAAUGUCUCGCUGAUUAUUUGCAUCACUCAGUCAAAACAAAUAAUAUCAAGACGCUUGUAGAAAUCCUCACUGCAUGGUCACCAGAAGUUAUUGCACAAGCCAAGCAGAUCUACGAGAAAGACCGCCGCGUUUCUCUUAAGGAGGAUAUCUCAAAUACUUUCAGCGAGAAGAUGUCAGAAGAAUCAAGAACCAUCUUGUUAUCUCUUUCUUUGCUUGAAAGAGACGAUGAAAGCAAGCCUGUAGACGAAAGCAUAUCUAAUGAAGAGUGCGAUGAAAUGUCUCAAAGUGGGAAAGCAAUAAUUGACGUCGUCACUACGAAAAAACACAAUCUUGGACAACUUUCAUCAAUCUUCCAUCAGUUCCAAGCAAAAUAUUUCCUGGAGAUUGCUGAGAGCAUUGAAAUUGAGUUCCAAGAUGAAACAGAAAUCAUCCUGAAGACGAUAAUCAAUAUCGUUAAAGAUACACCUGGACACUUCGCACAAGAGCUGAAUGAAAUGUUUUGUAAGUCAUCAGUUAACAAAGAUCGGAUGGCUUUUAUUCUAGUGACUCGCCAGCCAGUUGAUCUAUCUCAUAUUGUCAAUGAGUAUGAAAAAUUGACAAAUGGUUCCUUAACAGAAGCUGUUAAUAAGAAUCUGAAAGGAAAUUUUAGAGAUUUGCUGAAACUGAUAAUUGAGCGUGCAAAAUCAAGCUAAUGGUAUUACACGAUUCAAGUUUUAAGAUGCAUCCUAUUUUGUUAAAAUCUAUUUUUAUAAAUGAAUAUAGGAUGAGUUAUAAAGAAUAAGGCUGUGGAAAUUCUCGAUCUUUGUUAAAACGAUGCUGGAACAUUGUUAUUUAAGAGCAGCUUUGCUCUUUUCCUUUUUUAUGAAUUAUCUAAACUGAGGGCAAAAGUACUCGUAGGUGGGGGGGGGGGAAUUGGCUGAAUUUCACCAAUCAUUCAAGAACGAAAAAGACUUUGAAAAUAUUAUAAUGAUUUCCGCAUCGAAGUUGAUAGAGAUCCUUCAACGUAGCAGCUGCUUAUUUAUGUAAGCAAAUCUAAACUUGGUGGGUAAAGUAACUGCAUUGUAUUUAGCAAUUUUUAAUCAAGAGCAAUCUUUAUCGAGUAAUACAGUUUGUAUUUAUUUCGACUUUGUUAGAAAUCUAAAGGACACUAUGAUCAUAAGAUUUUUAUGAAUAUGAAGUCCUUAAUUGCAGUAAUGUAUGCUUAUUUCAAUUUCUCCUCUGCUCU